GGAACUGCGGAGAAAUUCUGUCCCUCCGUGUAUGGCUCUCCAGCUUUCCGUAAGAUUAUCAUUUCCAUCAUCACAAGCCAAGGUAAUCCAGGCACCUGAGCCCGGUGAAGACUGAGAGGAUUCUUUUGACAAUAAACAAUGGCUGCUUCCCAGAAUCAACACCGUCAUGGCCGGCUGGUGCUGUUCUGUACGCUGAUGGGGACGCUGUGCAAGAUCGGGGUAGGUCAGAUUCGCUACUCGGUGCCAGAAGAGACAGAUAAAGGCACUGUUGUAGGAAACAUCUCCAAGGACCUGGGGCUGGAGCCCCGCGAGCUGGCGGAGCGAGGGGUCCGCAUCGUCUCUAGAGGUAGGUCGCAGCUUUUCUCCCUGAAUCCGCGGGGCGGCAGCUUGGUCACCGCGAGCAGGAUAGACCGGGAGGAGCUGUGCGCCCAGAGUAUUCCCUGUCUUGUAAAUAUUAACAUCCUAGUUGAGGAGAAAGGGAAACUCUUUGGAGUAGAAAUCGAAAUAACUGAUAUUAACGAUAAUAAUCCGAAGUUCCAUGUUGGGGAUCUGGAGGUGAAAAUUAACGAAAUCGCUGCCCCUGGAGCACGGUAUCCACUUCCAAAAGCUGUUGACCCAGAUGUGGGCAUAAACUCCCUCCAGAGUUACCAGCUCAGCCCCAACCGGCACUUCUCUCUGGACAUUCAGAGGGGAGACGACGGAACUAUAAACCCAGAGCUGGUGCUGGAGCACACCCUGGACCGAGAGGAAGAGCCCUCUCACCACCUGGUCCUCACCGCCUCCGAUGGCGGCGACCCGCGCCGCUCCAGCACAGCGCUCAUCCAGGUCACAGUGUUGGAUACCAACGACAAUGCCCCUGUUUUCGACCAACCGGUUUACCGCGUGAAAGUCCUCGAGAACGUGGCCCCAGGCACUCUGCUGCUCACAGUGAGAGCUAGCGACCCGGAUGAGGGUGCCAACGGAAAAGUGACAUAUAAAUUCCAAAAAAUCAAUGACAAACAAUCGCUAUUAUUCCAUCUUCAUGAAAACACGGGGGAAAUGACAGUAGCAAAGAAUCUGGACUAUGAAGAAUGCUCAUUGUAUGAAAUGGAAAUACAGGCUGAAGAUGUGGGGGCGCUUCUGGGGAGGAGCAAAGUGGUAAUUAUGGUAGAAGAUGUAAAUGACAAUCGGCCAGAAGUGACCAUUACAUCCUUGUUUAACCCGGUAUUGGAAAAUUCUCUUCCCGGGACAGUAAUUGCCUUCUUGAAUGUGCAUGACCGAGACUCUGGAAAGAACGGCCAAGUUGUCUGUUACACGCAUGAUAACUUACCUUUUAAAUUAGAAAAGUCAAUAGAUAAUUAUUAUAGAUUGGUGACAUGGAAAUAUUUGGACCGAGAAAAAGUCUCCAUCUACAAUAUCACAGUGAUAGCCUCAGAUCUAGGAGCCCCACCUCUGUCCACUGAAACUUACAUUGCCCUGAUUGUGGCAGACACUAAUGACAACCCUCCUCGUUUUCCUCACACCUCCUACACAGCCUAUAUUCCAGAGAACAACCUGAGGGGCGCCUCCAUCUUCUCACUGACUGCACAUGAUCCUGACAGUCAGGAAAAUGCACAGGUCACUUACUCUGUGUCUGAGGACACCAUACAGGGAGUGCCUUUGUCCUCUUAUAUCUCCAUCAACUCAGAUACUGGUGUCCUGUAUGCACUGCACUCUUUUGACUUCGAGAAGAUACAAGACUUGCAGCUACUGGUUGUUGCCACUGACAGUGGAAGCCCACCUCUCAGCAGCAAUGUGUCAUUGAGCUUGUUUGUGUUGGACCAGAACGACAACGCACCUGAGAUUCUAUAUCCUAGCUUCCCCACAGAUGGCUCCACUGGUGUGGAACUAGCACCCCGCUCUGCAGAGCCUGGAUACCUAGUGACCAAAGUGGUGGCAGUGGACAAAGACUCAGGACAGAAUGCUUGGCUGUCCUACCGUCUGCUGAAGGCCAGCGAACCUGGGCUCUUCUCUGUAGGACUUCACACGGGUGAGGUGCGUACAGCGAGGGCCCUGCUGGACAGAGAUGCUCUCAAACAGAAUCUGGUGAUGGCCGUGCAGGACCAUGGCCAACCCCCUCUCUCGGCCACUGUAACUCUCACUGUGGCAGUGGCUAACAGCAUCCCUGAGGUGUUGGCUGACUUGAGCAGCAUUAGGACCCCUGGGGUACCAGAGGAUUCUGAUAUCACGCUCCACCUGGUGGUGGCAGUGGCUGUGGUCUCCUGUGUCUUCCUUGUCUUUGUCAUUGUCCUCCUAGCUCUCAGGCUUCAGCGCUGGCAGAAGUCUCGCCAGCUCCAGGGCUCCAAAGGUGGAUUGGCUCCUGCACCUCCAUCACAUUUUGUGGGCAUCGACGGGGUACAGGCUUUUCUACAAACCUAUUCUCAUGAAGUCUCGCUCACUUCAGGCUCCCAGACAAGCCACAUUAUCUUUCCUCAGCCCAACUAUGCAGACAUGCUCAUUAACCAAGAAGGCUGUGAGAAAAAUGAUUCCUUAUUAACAUCCAUAGAUUUUCAUGAGAGUAAGGAUGAAGAUGCUUGCGCCCCGCAAGCCCCGCCCAACACUGACUGGCGUUUCUCUCAAGCCCAGAGACCCGGCACGAGCGGAUCCCAAAAUGGGGAUGAAACCGGCACCUGGCCCAACAACCAGUUCGAUACAGAGAUGCUGCAAGCCAUGAUCUUGGCCUCUGCCAGUGAAGCCGCUGAUGGGAGCUCCACUCUGGGAGGGGGCACUGGCACUAUGGGUUUGAGCGCUCGAUAUGGACCCCAGUUUACCCUGCAGCACGUGCCUGACUACCGCCAGAACGUGUACAUCCCUGGCAGCAAUGCCACACUGACCAACGCAGCUGGCAAACGAGAUGGCAAGGCUCCGGCAGGCGGCAAUGGCAACAAGAAGAAGUCGGGCAAGAAAGAGAAGAAGUAAUAUGGAGGCCAGGCCUUGAGCCACAGGGCAGCCUCCCUCCCCAGCCAGUCCAGCUUGUCCUUACUUGUACCCAGGCCUCAGAAUUUCAGGGCUCACCCCAGGAUUCUGGUAGGAGCCACAGCCAGGCCAUGCUCCCCGUUGGGAAACAGAAACAAGUGCCCAAGCCAACACCCCCUCUUUGUACCCUAGGGGGGUUGAAUAUGCAAAGAGAGUUCUGCUGGGACCCCCUAUCCAAUCAGUGAUUGUACCCACAUAGGUAGCAGGGUUAGUGUGGAUACACACACACACACACACACACACACACACACACACACAAACACCAUGCCACACUCCCCUAGUUACAGCUGAACUCCCCAUCUUCCAACCCAGUCAGGCUCAUUCAUCUCCAGCCUCCCUCUCCCCACCCCACCCUUUCAGUCAACACCCUCUCUUUGAGCCAGGUAGUUGGGCUGUUGGGGUGACAGGUGAGCUAAGGGGGCUCCUAGUUCUGAACAGGUGGGAGAGUAUUACAAUCCUUUGGCCUCUCCUUCAGUUCAGCUGUCCCCCAAAGCAUGGUUUGGUACCAGUCUUCUCAUUUCCUCCUAGAGCCUGAGACCAAUGCUUAAGUUUUGGGGAACAGUCACCAUGCCCCUGGUACUGAUGAUGCUUGCUGGAUUUUUGGGAAGGCAUUUUGCUACUAAGCCUCUUUUCAAUGCCUGGGGACUACCAGUCUUCUGUUCUCCAUUGUUUGAUGUUCCCACUGCAUGCUGUGACUUCCUACUCCUCAAAGAAGAGACUCCUUUGCAUGUCUGGAGACAGUAGGGGGUGGUAAACUAAAGGGAAGCUGAGUGUAUACUGCUGGGAGUGGGGGCAGUGGACAAAACAGCCUGUUAAUAGGGUCUUGCAAGGGGCUCUGUACGUACCCAGGGUACUGGCUCAAUCCUCAAAUUCUAGCCAUAGACAAACAUCAGGCCAGACCCCUCCCUCCUGGUUCAGCCUGGGCAGCUUGGGCUGAGCCACCAGGACCAAUGGAUUUAAGCUGACAUUUCAGUCCAAGAAGACUUCUAAGUGAGUUUAAGACCAGAGAGGAAAGAGGGGCCUCUGUGGGUGCUGGGUACUCCAGAGGUGCCCUUGGUGGGAGGGUCAGUGGUCCUAGCAGGAAGGGAGCCCAGCAAGGUCAUUCUUGGACCCUGGGUCUAGUCCGGUAGCUAGAACAAGGGACCAAGUGGCUAUAAAGUCUCAGCCAAUGAUGAGGCUUUUCCCCUGGGCCUCUGGGCCCCUGUAUUCCUCAAGCCCCUGGCCUCCACCUUACCAGGUGCCAUUUCUCAGAAGGCCACUGCCCAGGCCCCCAGGCCGCCCCCUCGUGGCCACAGACCGGUUAAAGCCCCCCAGUGCCUCCUUGUGCAUAGAACUUCCUCUGCCCGAGCCCUUACAGUAGUGUAGAAGCCCCCUUCCUCCUCCCGCUGGUGUAGAAUAGCCAAUAGUAUAGUGUGGUGUGCUUUUACGUGAUGGCGAGUGGGCAGCGGGCGGUGGGCUGUGCGCAGCCGUCUGUCCUUUGAAUCUCAAUCUGCCUGCGCGGCCAGUGCUGUGUUUUGUGCUGUGUCCACACGCUGCGGCGACCCCUCCCUGUACUGACUUCUCUAUAAAAGCUUCUCUUCGCAUAGUCACGUAGCUCCUGCCCAUCCCCCUUCCGAUAUCUCUCGCAAGUUUUAUACUCUAAUAUUUAUAUGGCUUUUUUCUUCGAAAAUUAAAAAUAAAAAAUGGUUUCUUCUG